AUGCCUCACAUCCUGCUGACACCUCGAGAGGCACGCGGAGUUCAUUGCUUCAAAAGGCUCAAGACGUAUGCCAACUUCCCAGAGGCACCUCAGGAGGAGGCUUCUAUCAGCAAUAGGCUCAAGACGUAUGCCAACUUCCCAGAAGCACCUCAGGAGGAGGCUUCUCUCAGCAAUAGGCUCAAGACGUAUGCCAACUUCCCAGAAGCACCUCAGGAGGAGGCUUCUCUCAGCAAUAGGCUCAAGACGUAUGCCAACUUCCCAGAAGCACCUCAGGAGGAGGCUUCUCUCAGCAAUAGGCUCAAGACGUAUGCCAACUUCCCAGAGGCACCUCAGGAGGAGGCUUCUCUCAGCAAUAGGCUCAAGACGUAUGCCAACUUCCCAGAAGCACCUCAGGAGGAGGCUUCUCUCAGCAAUAGGCUCAAGACGUAUGCCAACUUCCCAGAAGCACCUCAGGAGGAGGCUUCUCUCAGCAAUAGGCUCAAGACGUAUGCCAACUUCCCAGAAGCACCUCAGGAGGAGGCUUCUCUCAGCAAUAGGCUCAAGACGUAUGCCAACUUCCCAGAGGCACCUCAGGAGGAGGCUUCUCUCAGCAAUAGGCUCAAGACGUAUGCCAACUUCCCAGAAGCACCUCAGGAGGAGGCUUCUCUCAGCAAUAGGCUCAAGACGUAUGCCAACUUCCCAGAAGCACCUCAGGAGGAGGCUUCUCUCAGCAAUAGGCUCAAGACGUAUGCCAACUUCCCAGAAGCACCUCAGGAGGAGGCUUCUCUCAGCAAUAGGCUCAAGACGUAUGCCAACUUCCCAGAAGCACCUCAGGAGGAGGCUUCUCUCAGCAAUAGGCUCAAGACGUAUGCCAACUUCCCAGAAGCACCUCAGGAGGAGGCUUCUCUCAGCAAUAGGCUCAAGACGUAUGCCAACUUCCCAGAAGCACCUCAGGAGGAGGCUUCUCUCAGCAAUAGGCUCAAGACGUAUGCCAACUUCCCAGAAGCACCUCAGGAGGAGGCUUCUCUCAGUAAUAGGCUCAAGACGUAUGCCAACUUCCCAGAAGCACCUCAGGAGGAGGCUUCUCUCAGCAAUAGGCUCAAGACGUAUGCCAACUUCCCAGAAGCACCUCAGGAGGAGGCUUCUCUCAGCAAUAGGCUCAAGACGUAUGCCAACUUCCCAGAAGCACCUCAGGAGGAGGCUUCUCUCAGCAAUAGGCUCAAGACGUAUGCCAACUUCCCAGAAGCACCUCAGGAGGAGGCUUCUCUCAGCAAUAGGCUCAAGACGUAUGCCAACUUCCCAGAAGCACCUCAGGAGGAGGCUUCUCUCAGCAAUAGGCUCAAGACGUAUGCCAACUUCCCAGAAGCACCUCAGGAGGAGGCUUCUCUCAGCAAUAGGCUCAAGACGUAUGCCAACUUCCCAGAAGCACCUCAGGAGGAGGCUUCUCUCAGCAAUAGGCUCAAGACGUAUGCCAACUUCCCAGAAGCACCUCAGGAGGAGGCUUCUCUCAGCAAUAGGCUCAAGACGUAUGCCAACUUCCCAGAAGCACCUCAGGAGGAGGCUUCUCUCAGCAAUAGGCUCAAGACGUAUGCCAACUUCCCAGAAGCACCUCAGGAGGAGGCUUCUCUCAGCAAUAGGCUCAAGACGUAUGCCAACUUCCCAGAAGCACCUCAGGAGGAGGCUUCUCUCAGCAAUAGGCUCAAGACGUAUGCCAACUUCCCAGAAGCACCUCAGGAGGAGGCUUCUCUCAGCAAUAGGCUCAAGACGUAUGCCAACUUCCCAGAAGCACCUCAGGAGGAGGCUUCUCUCAGCAAUAGGCUCAAGACGUAUGCCAACUUCCCAGAAGCACCUCAGGAGGAGGCUUCUCUCAGCAAUAGGCUCAAGACGUAUGCCAACUUCCCAGAAGCACCUCAGGAGGAGGCUUCUCUCAGCAAUAGGCUCAAGACGUAUGCCAACUUCCCAGAAGCACCUCAGGAGGAGGCUUCUCUCAGCAAUAGGCUCAAGACGUAUGCCAACUUCCCAGAAGCACCUCAGGAGGAGGCUUCUCUCAGCAAUAGGCUCAAGACGUAUGCCAACUUCCCAGAAGCACCUCAGGAGGAGGCUUCUCUCAGCAAUAGGCUCAAGACGUAUGCCAACUUCCCAGAAGCACCUCAGGAGGAGGCUUCUCUCAGCAAUAGGCUCAAGACGUAUGCCAACUUCCCAGAAGCACCUCAGGAGGAGGCUUCUCUCAGCAAUAGGCUCAAGACGUAUGCCAACUUCCCAGAAGCACCUCAGGAGGAGGCUUCUCUCAGCAAUAGGCUCAAGACGUAUGCCAACUUCCCAGAAGCACCUCAGGAGGAGGCUUCUCUCAGCAAUAGGCUCAAGACGUAUGCCAACUUCCCAGAAGCACCUCAGGAGGAGGCUUCUCUCAGCAAUAGGCUCAAGACGUAUGCCAACUUCCCAGAAGCACCUCAGGAGGAGGCUUCUCUCAGCAAUAGGCUCAAGACGUAUGCCAACUUCCCAGAAGCACCUCAGGAGGAGGCUUCUCUCAGCAAUAGGCUCAAGACGUAUGCCAACUUCCCAGAAGCACCUCAGGAGGAGGCUUCUCUCAGCAAUAGGCUCAAGACGUAUGACAACUUCCCAGAAGCAGCUCAGGAGGAGGCUUCUGUCAGCAAUAGGCUCAAGACGUAUGCCAACUUCCAAGAAGCACCUCAGGAGGAGGCUUCUCUCAGCAAUAGGCUCAAGACGUAUGCCAACUUCCCAGAAGCAGCUCAGGAGGAGGCUUCUCUCAGCAAUAGGCUCAAGACGUAUGCCAACUUCCCAGAAGCACCUCAGGAGGAGGCUUCUCUCAGCAAUAGGCUCAAGACGUAUGCCAACUUCCCAGAAGCACCUCAGGAGGAGGCUUCUCUCAGCAAUAGGCUCAAGACGUAUGCCAACUUCCCAGAAGCACCUCAGGAGGAGGCUUCUCUCAGCAAUAGGCUCAAGACGUAUGCCAACUUCCCAGAAGCACCUCAGGAGGAGGCUUCUCUCAGCAAUAGGCUCAAGACGUAUGCCAACUUCCCAGAAGCACCUCAGGAGGAGGCUUCUCUCAGCAAUAGGCUCAAGACGUAUGCCAACUUCCCAGAAGCACCUCAGGAGGAGGCUUCUCUCAGCAAUAGGCUCAAGACGUAUGCCAACUUCCCAGAAGCACCUCAGGAGGAGGCUUCUCUCAGCAAUAGGCUCAAGACGUAUGACAACUUCCCAGAAGCAGCUCAGGAGGAGGCUUCUGUCAGCAAUAGGCUCAAGACGUAUGCCAACUUCCCAGAAGCACCUCAGGAGGAGGCUUCUCUCAGCAAUAGGCUCAAGACGUAUGCCAACUUCCCAGAAGCAGCUCAGGAGGAGGCUUCUCUCAGCAAUAGGCUCAAGACGUAUGCCAACUUCCCAGAAGCACCUCAGGAGGAGGCUUCUCUCAGCAAUAGGCUCAAGACGUAUGCCAACUUCCCAGAAGCACCUCAGGAGGAGGCUUCUCUCAGCAAUAGGCUCAAGACGUAUGCCAACUUCCCAGAAGCACCUCAGGAGGAGGCUUCUCUCAGCAAUAGGCUCAAGACGUAUGCCAACUUCCCAGAAGCACCUCAGGAGGAGGCUUCUCUCAGCAAUAGGCUCAAGACGUAUGCCAACUUCCCAGAAGCACCUCAGGAGGAGGCUUCUCUCAGCAAUAGGCUCAAGACGUAUGCCAACUUCCCAGAAGCACCUCAGGAGGAGGCUUCUCUCAGCAAUAGGCUCAAGACGUAUGCCAACUUCCCAGAAGCACCUCAGGAGGAGGCUUCUCUCAGCAAUAGGCUCAAGACGUAUGCCAACUUCCCAGAAGCACCUCAGGAGGAGGCUUCUCUCAGCAAUAGGCUCAAGACGUAUGACAACUUCCCAGAAGCAGCUCAGGAGGAGGCUUCUGUCAGCAAUAGGCUCAAGACGUAUGCCAACUUCCCAGAAGCACCUCAGGAGGAGGCUUCUCUCAGCAAUAGGCUCAAGACGUAUGCCAACUUCCCAGAAGCAGCUCAGGAGGAGGCUUCUCUCAGCAAUAGGCUCAAGACGUAUGCCAACUUCCCAGAAGCACCUCAGGAGGAGGCUUCUCUCAGCAAUAGGCUCAAGACGUAUGCCAACUUCCCAGAAGCACCUCAGGAGGAGGCUUCUCUCAGCAAUAGGCUCAAGACGUAUGCCAACUUCCCAGAAGCACCUCAGGAGGAGGCUUCUCUCAGCAAUAGGCUCAAGACGUAUGCCAACUUCCCAGAAGCACCUCAGGAGGAGGCUUCUCUCAGCAAUAGGCUCAAGACGUAUGCCAACUUCCCAGAAGCACCUCAGGAGGAGGCUUCUCUCAGCAAUAGGCUCAAGACGUAUGCCAACUUCCCAGAAGCACCUCAGGAGGAGGCUUCUCUCAGCAAUAGGCUCAAGACGUAUGCCAACUUCCCAGAAGCACCUCAGGAGGAGGCUUCUCUCAGCAAUAGGCUCAAGACGUAUGCCAACUUCCCAGAAGCACCUCAGGAGGAGGCUUCUCUCAGCAAUAGGCUCAAGACGUAUGCCAACUUCCCAGAAGCACCUCAGGAGGAGGCUUCUCUCAGCAAUAGGCUCAAGACGUAUGCCAACUUCCCAGAAGCACCUCAGGAGGAGGCUUCUCUCAGCAAUAGGCUCAAGACGUAUGCCAACUUCCCAGAAGCACCUCAGGAGGAGGCUUCUCUCAGCAAUAGGCUCAAGACGUAUGCCAACUUCCCAGAAGCACCUCAGGAGGAGGCUUCUCUCAGCAAUAGGCUCAAGACGUAUGCCAACUUCCCAGAAGCACCUCAGGAGGAGGCUUCUCUCAGCAAUAGGCUCAAGACGUAUGCCAACUUCCCAGAAGCACCUCAGGAGGAGGCUUCUCUCAGCAAUAGGCUCAAGACGUAUGCCAACUUCCCAGAAACACCUCAGGAGGAGGCUUCUCUCAGCAAUAGGCUCAAGACGUAUGCCAACUUCCCAGAAGCACCUCAGGAGGAGGCUUCUCUCAGCAAUAGGCUCAAGACGUAUGCCAACUUCCCAGAAGCACCUCAGGAGGAGGCUUCUCUCAGCAAUAGGCUCAAGACGUAUGCCAACUUCCCAGAAGCACCUCAGGAGGAGGCUUCUCUCAGCAAUAGGCUCAAGACGUAUGCCAACUUCCCAGAAGCACCUCAGGAGGAGGCUUCUCUCAGCAAUAGGCUCAAGACGUAUGCCAACUUCCCAGAAGCACCUCAGGAGGAGGCUUCUCUCAGCAAUAGGCUCAAGACGUAUGCCAACUUCCCAGAAGCAUCUCAGGAGGAGGCUUCUCUCAGCAAUAGGCUCAAGACGUAUGCCAACUUCCCAGAAGCACCUCAGGAGGAGGCUUCUCUCAGCAAUAGGCUCAAGACGUAUGCCAACUUCCCAGAAGCACCUCAGGAGGAGGCUUCUCUCAGCAAUAGGCUCAAGACGUAUGCCAACUUCCCAGAAGCACCUCAGGAGGAGGCUUCUCUCAGCAAUAGGCUCAAGACGUAUGCCAACUUCCCAGAAGCACCUCAGGAGGAGGCUUCUCUCAGCAAUAGGCUCAAGACGUAUGCCAACUUCCCAGAAGCACCUCAGGAGGAGGCUUCUCUCAGCAAUAGGCUCAAGACGUAUGCCAACUUCCCAGAAGCACCUCAGGAGGAGGCUUCUCUCAGCAAUAGGCUCAAGACGUAUGCCAACUUCCCAGAAGCACCUCAGGAGGAGGCUUCUCUCAGCAAUAGGCUCAAGACGUAUGCCAACUUCCCAGAAGCACCUCAGGAGGAGGCUUCUCUCAGCAAUAGGCUCAAGACGUAUGCCAACUUCCCAGAAGCACCUCAGGAGGAGGCUUCUCUCAGCAAUAGGCUCAAGACGUAUGCCAACUUCCCAGAAGCACCUCAGGAGGAGGCUUCUCUCAGCAAUAGGCUCAAGACGUAUGCCAACUUCCCAGAAGCACCUCAGGAGGAGGCUUCUCUCAGCAAUAGGCUCAAGACGUAUGCCAACUUCCCAGAAGCACCUCAGGAGGAGGCUUCUCUCAGCAAUAGGCUCAAGACGUAUGCCAACUUCCCAGAAGCACCUCAGGAGGAGGCUUCUCUCAGCAAUAGGCUCAAGACGUAUGCCAACUUCCAAGAAGCACCUCAGGAGGAGGCUUCUCUCAGCAAUAGGCUCAAGACGUAUGCCAACUUCCCAGAAGCACCUCAGGAGGAGGCUUCUCUCAGCAAUAGGCUCAAGACGUAUGCCAACUUCCCAGAAGCACCUCAGGAGGAGGCUUCUCUCAGCAAUAGGCUCAAGACGUAUGCCAACUUCCCAGAAGCACCUCAGGAGGAGGCUUCUCUCAGCAAUAGGCUCAAGACGUAUGCCAACUUCCCAGAAGCACCUCAGGAGGAGGCUUCUCUCAGCAAUAGGUGCGAGCUGAUUCCCUGGCUUAAGCUCAAGACGUAUGCCAACUUCCAAGAAGCACCUCAGGAGGAGGCUUCUCUCAGCAAUAGGCUCAAGACGUAUGCCAACUUCCCAGAAGCACCUCAGGAGGAGGCUUCUCUCAGCAAUAGGCUCAAGACGUAUGCCAACUUCCCAGAAGCACCUCAGGAGGAGGCUUCUCUCAGCAAUAGGCUCAAGACGUAUGCCAACUUCCAAGAAGCACCUCAGGAGGAGGCUUCUCUCAGCAAUAGGCUCAAGACGUAUGCCAACUUCCCAGAAGCACCUCAGGAGGAGGCUUCUCUCAGCAAUAGGCUCAAGACGUAUGCCAACUUCCCAGAAGCACCUCAGGAGGAGGCUUCUCUCAGCAAUAGGCUCAAGACGUAUGCCAACUUCCCAGAAGCACCUCAGGAGGAGGCUUCUCUCAGCAAUAGGCUCAAGACGUAUGCCAACUUCCAAGAAGCACCUCAGGAGGAGGCUUCUCUCAGCAAUAGGCUCAAGACGUAUGCCAACUUCCCAGAAGCACCUCAGGAGGAGGCUUCUCUCAGCAAUAGGCUCAAGACGUAUGCCAACUUCCCAGAAGCACCUCAGGAGGAGGCUUCUCUCAGCAAUAGGCUCAAGACGUAUGCCAACUUCCAAGAAGCACCUCAGGAGGAGGCUUCUCUCAGCAAUAGGCUCAAGACGUAUGCCAACUUCCCAGAAGCACCUCAGGAGGAGGCUUCUCUCAGCAAUAGGCUCAAGACGUAUGCCAACUUCCCAGAAGCACCUCAGGAGGAGGCUUCUCUCAGCAAUAGGCUCAAGACGUAUGCCAACUUCCCAGAAGCACCUCAGGAGGAGGCUUCUCUCAGCAAUAGGCUCAAGACGUAUGCCAACUUCCCAGAAGCACCUCAGGAGGAGGCUUCUCUCAGCAAUAGGCUCAAGACGUAUGCCAACUUCCCAGAAGCACCUCAGGAGGAGGCUUCUCUCAGCAAUAGGCUCAAGACGUAUGCCAACUUCCCAGAAGCACCUCAGGAGGAGGCUUCUCUCAGCAAUAGGCUCAAGACGUAUGCCAACUUCCCAGAAGCACCUCAGGAGGAGGCUUCUCUCAGCAAUAGGCUCAAGACGUAUGCCAACUUCCCAGAAGCACCUCAGGAGGAGGCUUCUCUCAGCAAUAGGCUCAAGACGUAUGCCAACUUCCAAGAAGCACCUCAGGAGGAGGCUUCUCUCAGCAAUAGGCUCAAGACGUAUGCCAACUUCCCAGAAGCACCUCAGGAGGAGGCUUCUCUCAGCAAUAGGCUCAAGACGUAUGCCAACUUCCCAGAAGCACCUCAGGAGGAGGCUUCUCUCAGCAAUAGGCUCAAGACGUAUGCCAACUUCCCAGAAGCACCUCAGGAGGAGGCUUCUCUCAGCAAUAGGCUCAAGACGUAUGCCAACUUCCCAGAAGCACCUCAGGAGGAGGCUUCUCUCAGCAAUAGGCUCAAGACGUAUGCCAACUUCCCAGAAGCACCUCAGGAGGAGGCUUCUCUCAGCAAUAGGCUCAAGACGUAUGCCAACUUCCCAGAAGCACCUCAGGAGGAGGCUUCUCUCAGCAAUAGGCUCAAGACGUAUGCCAACUUCCCAGAAGCACCUCAGGAGGAGGCUUCUCUCAGCAAUAGGCUCAAGACGUAUGCCAACUUCCCAGAAGCACCUCAGGAGGAGGCUUCUCUCAGCAAUAGGCUCAAGACGUAUGCCAACUUCCCAGAAGCACCUCAGGAGGAGGCUUCUCUCAGCAAUAGGCUCAAGACGUAUGCCAACUUCCCAGAAGCACCUCAGGAGGAGGCUUCUCUCCGCAAUAGGCUCAAGACGUAUGCCAACUUCCCAGAAGCACCUCAGGAGGAGGCUUCUCUCCGCAAUAGGCUCAAGACGUAUGCCAACUUCCCAGAAGCACCUCAGGAGGAGGCUUCUCUCAGCAAUAGGCUCAAGACGUAUGCCAACUUCCCAGAAGCACCUCAGGAGGAGGCUUCUCUCAGCAAUAGGCUCAAGACGUAUGCCAACUUCCCAGAAGCACCUCAGGAGGAGGCUUCUCUCAGCAAUAGGCUCAAGACGUAUGCCAACUUCCCAGAAGCACCUCAGGAGGAGGCUUCUCUCAGCAAUAGGCUCAAGACGUAUGCCAACUUCCCAGAAGCACCUCAGGAGGAGGCUUCUCUCAGCAAUAGGCUCAAGACGUAUGCCAACUUCCCAGAAGCACCUCAGGAGGAGGCUUCUCUCAGCAAUAGGCUCAAGACGUAUGCCAACUUCCCAGAAGCACCUCAGGAGGAGGCUUCUCUCAGCAAUAGGCUCAAGACGUAUGCCAACUUCCCAGAAGCACCUCAGGAGGAGGCUUCUCUCAGCAAUAGGCUCAAGACGUAUGCCAACUUCCCAGAAGCACCUCAGGAGGAGGCUUCUCUCAGCAAUAGGCUCAAGACGUAUGCCAACUUCCCAGAAGCACCUCAGGAGGAGGCUUCUCUCAGCAAUAGGCUCAAGACGUAUGCCAACUUCCCAGAAGCACCUCAGGAGGAGGCUUCUCUCAGCAAUAGGCUCAAGACGUAUGCCAACUUCCCAGAAGCACCUCAGGAGGAGGCUUCUCUCAGCAAUAGGCUCAAGACGUAUGCCAACUUCCCAGAAGCACCUCAGGAGGAGGCUUCUCUCAGCAAUAGGCUCAAGACGUAUGCCAACUUCCCAGAAGCACCUCAGGAGGAGGCUUCUCUCAGCAAUAGGCUCAAGACGUAUGCCAACUUCCCAGAAGCACCUCAGGAGGAGGCUUCUCUCAGCAAUAGGCUCAAGACGUAUGCCGACUUCCCAGAAGCACCUCAGGAGGAGGCUUCUCUCAGCAAUAGGCUCAAGACGUAUGCCGACUUCCCAGAAGCACCUCAGGAGGAGGCUUCUCUCAGCAAUAGGCUCAAGACGUAUGCCAACUUCCCAGAAGCACCUCAGGAGGAGGCUUCUCUCAGCAAUAGGCUCAAGACGUAUGCCAACUUCCCAGAAGCACCUCAGGAGGAGGCUUCUCUCAGCAAUAGGCUCAAGACGUAUGCCAACUUCCCAGAAGCACCUCAGGAGGAGGCUUCUCUCAGCAAUAGGCUCAAGACGUAUGCCAACUUCCCAGAAGCACCUCAGGAGGAGGCUUCUCUCAGCAAUAGGCUCAAGACGUAUGCCGACUUCCCAGAAGCACCUCAGGAGGAGGCUUCUCUCAGCAAUAGGCUCAAGACGUAUGCCAACUUCCCAGAAGCACCUCAGGAGGAGGCUUCUCUCAGCAAUAGGCUCAAGACGUAUGCCAACUUCCCAGAAGCACCUCAGGAGGAGGCUUCUCUCAGCAAUAGGCUCAAGACGUAUGCCAACUUCCCAGAAGCACCUCAGGAGGAGGCUUCUCUCAGCAAUAGGCUCAAGACGUAUGCCAACUUCCCAGAAGCACCUCAGGAGGAGGCUUCUCUCAGCAAUAGGCUCAAGACGUAUGCCAACUUCCCAGAAGCACCUCAGGAGGAGGCUUCUCUCAGCAAUAGGCUCAAGACGUAUGCCGACUUCCCAGAAGCACCUCAGGAGGAGGCUUCUCUCAGCAAUAGGCUCAAGACGUAUGCCAACUUCCCAGAAGCACCUCAGGAGGAGGCUUCUCUCAGCAAUAGGCUCAAGACGUAUGCCAACUUCCCAGAAGCACCUCAGGAGGAGGCUUCUCUCAGCAAUAGGCUCAAGACGUAUGCCGACUUCCCAGAAGCACCUCAGGAGGAGGCUUCUCUCAGCAAUAGGCUCAAGACGUAUGCCAACUUCCCAGAAGCACCUCAGGAGGAGGCUUCUCUCAGCAAUAGGCUCAAGACGUAUGCCAACUUCCCAGAAGCACCUCAGGAGGAGGCUUCUCUCAGCAAUAGGCUCAAGACGUAUGCCGACUUCCCAGAAGCACCUCAGGAGGAGGCUUCUCUCAGCAAUAGGCUCAAGACGUAUGCCAACUUCCCAGAAGCACCUCAGGAGGAGGCUUCUCUCAGCAAUAGGCUCAAGACGUAUGCCGACUUCCCAGAAGCACCUCAGGAGGAGGCUUCUCUCAGCAAUAGGCUCAAGACGUAUGCCAACUUCCCAGAAGCACCUCAGGAGGAGGCUUCUCUCAGCAAUAGGCUCAAGACGUAUGCCAACUUCCCAGAAGCACCUCAGGAGGAGGCUUCUCUCAGCAAUAGGCUCAAGACGUAUGCCAACUUCCCAGAAGCACCUCAGGAGGAGGCUUCUCUCAGCAAUAGGCUCAAGACGUAUGCCAACUUCCCAGAAGCACCUCAGGAGGAGGCUUCUCUCAGCAAUAGGCUCAAGACGUAUGCCAACUUCCCAGAAGCACCUCAGGAGGAGGCUUCUCUCAGCAAUAGGCUCAAGACGUAUGCCAACUUCCCAGAAGCACCUCAGGAGGAGGUUUCUCUCAGCAAUAGGCUCAAGACGUAUGCCAACUUCCCAGAAGCACCUCAGGAGGAGGCUUCUCUCAGCAAUAGGCUCAAGACGUAUGCCAACUUCCCAGAAGCACCUCAGGAGGAGGUUUCUCUCAGCAAUAGGCUCAAGACGUAUGCCAACUUCCCAGAAGCACCUCAGGAGGAGGCUUCUCUCAGCAAUAGGCUCAAGACGUAUGCCAACUUCCCAGAAGCACCUCAGGAGGAGGUUUCUCUCAGCAAUAGGCUCAAGACGUAUGCCAACUUCCCAGAAGCACCUCAGGAGGAGGCUUCUCUCAGCAAUAGGCUCAAGACGUAUGCCAACUUCCCAGAAGCACCUCAGGAGGAGGCUUCUCUCAGCAAUAGGCUCAAGACGUAUGCCAACUACCCAGAAGCACCUCAGGAGGAGGCUUCUCUCAGCAAUAGGCUCAAGACGUAUGCCAACUUCCCAGAAGCCCCUCAGGAGGAGGCUUCUCUCAGCAAUAGGCUCAAGACGUAUGCCAACUUCCCAGAAGCACCUCAGGAGGAGGCUUCUCUCAGCAAUAGGCUCAAGACGUAUGCCAACUUCCCAGAAGCACCUCAGGAGGAGGCUUCUCUCAGCAAUAGGCUCAAGACGUAUGCCGACUUCCCAGAAGCACCUCAGGAGGAGGCUUCUCUCAGCAAUAGGCUCAAGACGUAUGCCAACUUCCCAGAAGCACCUCAGGAGGAGGCUUCUCUCAGCAAUAGGCUCAAGACGUAUGCCAACUUCCCAGAAGCACCUCAGGAGGAGGCUUCUCUCAGCAAUAGGCUCAAGACGUAUGCCAACUUCCCAGAAGCACCUCAGGAGGAGGCUUCUCUCAGCAAUAGGCUCAAGACGUAUGCCGACUUCCCAGAAGCACCUCAGGAGGAGGCUUCUCUCAGCAAUAGGCUCAAGACGUAUGCCAACUUCCCAGAAGCACCUCAGGAGGAGGCUUCUCUCAGCAAUAGGCUCAAGACGUAUGCCAACUUCCCAGAAGCACCUCAGGAGGAGGCUUCUCUCAGCAAUAGGCUCAACACGUAUGCCAACUUCCCAGAAGCACCUCAGGAGGAGGCUUCUCUCAGCAAUAGGCUCAAGACGUAUGCCAACUUCCCAAAAGCACCUCAGGAGGAGGCUUCUCUCAGCAAUAGGCUCAAGACGUAUGCCAACUUCCCAGAAGCACCUCAGGAGGAGGCUUCUCUCAGCAAUAGGCUCAAGACGUAUGCCGACUUCCCAGAAGCACCUCAGGAGGAGGCUUCUCUCAGCAAUAGGCUCAAGACGUAUGCCAACUUCCCAGAAGCACCUCAGGAGGAGGCUUCUCUCAGCAAUAGGCUCAAGACGUAUGCCAACUUCCCAGAAGCACCUCAGGAGGAGGCUUCUCUCAGCAAUAGGCUCAAGACGUUUGCCAACUUCCCAGAAGCACCUCAGGAGGAGGCUUCUCUCAGCAAUAGGCUCAAGACGUAUGCCGACUUCCCAGAAGCACCUCAGGAGGAGGCUUCUCUCAGCAAUAGGAUCAAGACGUUUGCCAACUUCCCAGAAGCACCUCAGGAGGAGGCUUCUCUCAGCAAUAGGCUCAAGACGUAUGCCAACUUCCCAGAAGCACCUCAGGAGGAGGCUUCUCUCAGCAAUAGGCUCAAGACGUAUGCCAACUUCCCAGAAGCACCUCAGGAGGAGGCUUCUCUCAGCAAUAGGCUCAAGACGUAUGCCAACUUCCCAGAAGCACCUCAGGAGGAGGUUUCUCUCAGCAAUAGGCUCAAGACGUAUGCCAACUUCCCAGAAGCACCUCAGGAGGAGGCUUCUCUCAGCAAUAGGCUCAAGACGUAUGCCAACUUCCCAGAAGCACCUCAGGAGGAGGUUUCUCUCAGCAAUAGGCUCAAGACGUAUGCCAACUUCCCAGAAGCACCUCAGGAGGAGGCUUCUCUCAGCAAUAGGCUCAAGACGUAUGCCAACUUCCCAGAAGCACCUCAGGAGGAGGCUUCUCUCAGCAAUAGGCUCAAGACGUAUGCCAACUUCCCAGAAGCACCUCAGGAGGAGGCUUCUCUCAGCAAUAGGCUCAAGACGUAUGCCAACUUCCCAGAAGCACCUCAGGAGGAGGCUUCUCUCAGCAAUAGGCUCAAGACGUAUGCCAACUUCCCAGAAGCACCUCAGGAGGAGGCUUCUCUCAGCAAUAGGCUCAAGACGUAUGCCAACUUCCCAGAAGCACCUCAGGAGGAGGCAUUUCUCAGCAAUAGGCUCAAGACGUAUGCCAACUUCCCAGAAGCACCUCAGGAGGAGGCUUCUCUCAGCAAUAGGCUCAAGACGUAUGCCAACUUCCCAGAAGCACCUCAGGAGGAGGCUUCUCUCAGCAAUAGGCUCAAGACGUAUGCCAACUUCCCAGAAGCACCUCAGGAGGAGGCUUUUCUCAGCAAUAGGCUCAAGACGUAUGCCAACUUCCCAGAAGCACCUCAGGAGGAGGCUUCUCUCAGCAAUAGGCUCAAGACGUAUGCCGACUUCCCAGAAGCACCUCAGGAGGAGGCUUCUCUCAGCAAUAGGCUCAAGACGUAUGCCAACUUCCCAGAAGCACCUCAGGAGGAGGCUUCUCUCAGCAAUAGGCUCAAGACGUAUGCCAACUUCCCAGAAGCACCUCAGGAGGAGGCUUCUCUCAGCAAUAGGCUCAAGACGUAUGCCAACUUCCCAGAAGCACCUCAGGAGGAGGCUUCUCUCAGCAAUAGGCUCAAGACGUAUGCCAACUUCCCAGAAGCACCUCAGGAGGAGGCUUCUCUCAGCAAUAGGCUCAAGACGUAUGCCGACUUCCCAGAAGCACCUCAGGAGGAGGCUUCUCUCAGCAAUAGGCUCAAGACGUAUGCCAACUUCCCAGAAGCACCUCAGGAGGAGGCUUCUCUCAGCAAUAGGCUCAAGACGUAUGCCAACUUCCCAGAAGCACCUCAGGAGGAGGCUGCUCUCAGCAAUAGGCUCAAGACGUAUGCCAACUUCCCAGAAGCACCUCAGGAGGAGGCUUCUCUCAGCAAUAGGCUCAAGACGUAUGCCAACUUCCCAGAAGCACCUCAGGAGGAGGCUUCUCUCAGCAAUAGGCUCAAGACGUAUGCCAACUUCCCAGAAGCACCUCAGGAGGAGGCUUCUCUCAGCAAUAGGCUCAAGACGUAUGCCAACUUCCCAGAAGCACCUCAGGAGGAGGCUUCUCUCAGCAAUAGGCUCAAGACGUAUGCCGACUUCCCAGAAGCACCUCAGGAGGAGGCUUCUCUCAGCAAUAGGCUCAAGACGUAUGCCAACUUCCCAGAAGCACCUCAGGAGGAGGCUGCUCUCAGCAAUAGGCUCAAGACGUAUGCCAACUUCCCAGAAGCACCUCAGGAGGAGGCUUCUCUCAGCAAUAGGCUCAAGACGUAUGCCAACUUCCCAGAAGCACCUCAGGAGGAGGCUUCUCUCAGCAAUAGGCUCAAGACGUAUGCCGACUUCCCAGAAGCACCUCAGGAGGAGGCUUCUCUCAGCAAUAGGCUCAAGACGUAUGCCGACUUCCCAGAAGCACCUCAGGAGGAGGCUUCUCUCAGCAAUAGGCUCAAGACGUUUGCCAACUUCCCAGAAGCACCUCAGGAGGAGGCUUCUCUCAGCAAUAGGCUCAAGACGUAUGCCGACUUCCCAGAAGCACCUCAGGAGGAGGCUUCUCUCAGCAAUAGGAUCAAGACGUUUGCCAACUUCCCAGAAGCACCUCAGGAGGAGGCUUCUCUCAGCAAUAGGCUCAAGACGUAUGCCAACUUCCCAGAAGCACCUCAGGAGGAGGCUUCUCUCAGCAAUAGGCUCAAGACGUAUGCCAACUUCCCAGAAGCACCUCAGGAGGAGGCUUCUCUCAGCAAUAGGCUCAAGACGUAUGCCAACUUCCCAGAAGCACCUCAGGAGGAGGUUUCUCUCAGCAAUAGGCUCAAGACGUAUGCCAACUUCCCAGAAGCACCUCAGGAGGAGGCUUCUCUCAGCAAUAGGCUCAAGACGUAUGCCAACUUCCCAGAAGCACCUCAGGAGGAGGCUUCUCUCAGCAAUAGGCUCAAGACGUAUGCCAACUUCCCAGAAGCACCUCAGGAGGAGGUUUCUCUCAGCAAUAGGCUCAAGACGUAUGCCAACUUCCCAGAAGCACCUCAGGAGGAGGCUUCUCUCAGCAAUAGGCUCAAGACGUAUGCCAACUUCCCAGAAGCACCUCAGGAGGAGGCUUCUCUCAGCAAUAGGCUCAAGACGUAUGCCAACUUCCCAGAAGCACCUCAGGAGGAGGCUUCUCUCAGCAAUAGGCUCAAGACGUAUGCCAACUUCCCAGAAGCACCUCAGGAGGAGGCUUCUCUCAGCAAUAGGCUCAAGACGUAUGCCGACUUCCCAGAAGCACCUCAGGAGGAGGCUUCUCUCAGCAAUAGGCUCAAGACGUAUGCCAACUUCCCAGAAGCACCUCAGGAGGAGGCAUUUCUCAGCAAUAGGCUCAAGACGUAUGCCAACUUCCCAGAAGCACCUCAGGAGGAGGCUUCUCUCAGCAAUAGGCUCAAGACGUAUGCCAACUUCCCAGAAGCACCUCAGGAGGAGGCUUCUCUCAGCAAUAGGCUCAAGACGUAUGCCAACUUCCCAGAAGCACCUCAGGAGGAGGCUUUUCUCAGCAAUAGGCUCAAGACGUAUGCCAACUUCCCAGAAGCACCUCAGGAGGAGGCUUCUCUCAGCAAUAGGCUCAAGACGUAUGCCGACUUCCCAGAAGCACCUCAGGAGGAGGCUUCUCUCAGCAAUAGGCUCAAGACGUAUGCCAACUUCCCAGAAGCACCUCAGGAGGAGGCUUCUCUCAGCAAUAGGCUCAAGACGUAUGCCAACUUCCCAGAAGCACCUCAGGAGGAGGCUUCUCUCAGCAAUAGGCUCAAGACGUAUGCCAACUUCCCAGAAGCACCUCAGGAGGAGGCUUCUCUCAGCAAUAGGCUCAAGACGUAUGCCAACUUCCCAGAAGCACCUCAGGAGGAGUCUUCUCUCAGCAAUAGGCUCAAGACGUAUGCCGACUUCCCAGAAGCACCUCAGGAGGAGGCUUCUCUCAGCAAUAGGCUCAAGACGUAUGCCAACUUCCCAGAAGCACCUCAGGAGGAGGCUUCUCUCAGCAAUAGGCUCAAGACGUAUGCCAACUUCCCAGAAGCACCUCAGGAGGAGGCUGCUCUCAGCAAUAGGCUCAAGACGUAUGCCAACUUCCCAGAAGCACCUCAGGAGGAGGCUUCUCUCAGCAAUAGGCUCAAGACGUAUGCCAACUUCCCAGAAGCACCUCAGGAGGAGGCUUCUCUCAGCAAUAGGCUCAAGACGUAUGCCAACUUCCCAGAAGCACCUCAGGAGGAGGCUUCUCUCAGCAAUAGGCUCAAGACGUAUGCCAACUUCCCAGAAGCACCUCAGGAGGAGGCUUCUCUCAGCAAUAGGCUCAAGACGUAUGCCGACUUCCCAGAAGCACCUCAGGAGGAGGCUUCUCUCAGCAAUAGGCUCAAGACGUAUGCCAACUUCCCAGAAGCACCUCAGGAGGAGGCUGCUCUCAGCAAUAGGAAUCCCAAAAUCCCUGUGGCUCCUGGAAAGGGUCCUUGGGUGCCCUGCCUCACCUCGAGAAGCGUCCCUUUUGCCCUGCCAAGCCUCGAAGAGAUUCCUGAGGUGUCCCUCGUUACUAGACAGGAGUCCUGA